GUAAAAUAUACACCAUGCCACGACCAAAACGCAAAACCAAGGCCGAAGACCUCGCUAGGAUACGGCGCAACCAGCGUAACUCCCGAGAUCGCAAGAAAGAGCGUGUCCUAGAACUAGAGCGACGAGUCGAGCAGCUCGAGGCUGCAGCGACUGAAGCCUCAGUCCAGAGUCUGGAACAUGAGAAUCGCACCCUGAGAGGACUAUUGGAGUCUGUUGGGUUUGAUGGGAUGUCGUUGAAUAGCUAUCUCCACGGUCCUGCUACUGCUUCUUCCUCUGGUCACGACCUUGCACUUGCUGCAGAUUCGUCUGAGAUGCAGUUUAUGGGCUUGGAGGUCGGGCCUCCAACUGUAUGACUCUGAGACUCCUACAGCAUUAAUAAAGGCUACUAAGCUGGGUAGAUCUCUGGUAUUCUAGGUGACGAGGCUGCUCUACAACCACUAUCCUCC